CACCCUUAUUUAGAAAGAGAGAGAGAGAGAUUGCUAUAAACACACAGAGGGCUGCAGUUCUUUUGGAUCAAAUUACUGAGAACGUCACAACCUUUGAAAGAAGAAAGUGUUCUCUCUCUCUCUCUGUGGAUGUUUCUUUCUCUCUCUCUGUGUUUAAAGCAAGACUUCUUCCAGAGGAUUAUUAUUAUUAUUAUUAUUAUUUCUCUGGACACAAAAAGGAAGAACUUCUCCCUGGAGUUUGCUUCAAGGAAGGAGUGUGGAAUCUCUGAGUCGGGAUGUCCAGAUCAGACUUCCCCCCGAGCUACGAUGAGUCACGGCCACUUUCAAAUCCUCAAGCUGGGGGUGUACAACCUUCCGCACCACCUCCAGUCUACGAUUACUCUCCGUAUGGAGGUCAGCCACAGCCUGGGCCCUACCCUGGAGCUCCCUACCCCCAGCCCUCUGCCCCUUACCAGGGGCAGCCUGGAAUGUACCCCCUGCAUCCAGGACAACCCGGUCAAGGGUAUCCAGGACAACCCGGUCAAGGGUAUCCAGGACAACCCGGUCAAGGGUACCCACCACCAAUGCCACCCAUAAUCCCACCAACAAUUCCCAUCUCUGACUCGGGUGACGAUGGCUUCACCACGACGUCAGGAUGGGAGAGCAUCAACGUGCGGCACGGUUUUAUUCGCAAAGUGUACCUGAUCCUUGCAGCUCAGCUCCUCGUCACAGUCAGCAUUGUGGCAGUUUUCACUUUUGUACAACCUGUGCGGAGAUUUGUCAUAUUAAACCCAGGAGUCUACUGGGCUUCAUAUGCCGUGUACAUCGUCACACACCUCGUGCUGGUCUGCUGUAAGGGACCCAGGAGGCGUUUCCCCUGGAACCUUAUCCUGCUCGGCCUUUUUACUCUGGCUUUUUCCUAUAUGACAGGGACGAUAUCAAGUUACUAUGACACCAAGUCUGUGUUCCUGGCGCUCGGGAUCACCGUAGUCGUCUGCAUCGCCGUGACCGUCUUCUGCUUCCAGACAAAGGUGGAUUUCACCAAAUGUGGAGGUCUCUUCUGCGUCCUGGGACUCGUCGUCUUUGUGACCGGAAUCAUCACAGCGAUCGUACUGUCAUUUAAAUACAUCCCGUGGCUUCAUAUGCUGUACGCUGCUAUCGGAGCGAUCGUCUUCACGCUGUUCCUGGCCUAUCACACACAGCUCCUCAUCGGGAACAGGAAGCACGCGAUAAAUCCAGAGGAGUACGUGUUCGCCGCUCUGUCCAUCUACGUCGACGUCCUUCAGAUUUUCCUUUUCCUCCUGCAAAUCAUUGGAGGUUCACAAAGAUAGGAGGCACCUUAGGUAGCUGUCGCCCAACCACUUGGGUACUACGCACUUUUCUGCGGUGAUGCGUUUACUGAAUAUUUAAAAUAUGGGUUACUCCAUGAACACCUUCUUAGUCUUUAGGUCAAGUUUAAGAGCUGGAAACAUGUAUUUUAGACACAGGUGAAUUAAUUACGUUUUGAUACGAGCAGGAAUUUGAUUAUUUGUACUAAUAAUGAAUUUAAUGCUGAGUCUAUACACCUUGUGCAAGUUGAAAUUAUUUUAGUAAAGAUGCCUGAACGAGAUGGACGAUGGAGUGAAAGAUUUCUAUUCAAACAAAUCCAGUUGCAAUGAGUUUCAGAAAUAUUGGCACCCUUAAUCAAGUCACGACAAAAAUCUUAUCCAAGUUGUUUCGAAUAAAAAUGUAAAACUACUCUGUAUCUGUAACAAAUGUGUAAAAUAUAUAUUCUUUUUUGAAAUGAGAAUCAACCCUGCAAAUUAUUUACACGUAUAUCAUAUGCAUGGUUGUUUGUUUUUUUCUUUCUCCUUUCCAGCUCCUAUUUUCUACAGUUGAGUAAAAAAUUGUGCACCCACAGAACAAGGGUAUUUAUACGAAGUUUAAAGAAUCCAAAGUGGACUUAACAUUAAUAGUACUGUAACGUACACUCACUUGUAUAAUGCCUUAUCCAUUUUUUUUCCUUUCUCUCAUACACACGUCAUGAAAUUCUAAUUUUAAUCAGUUUCUCAGACUUUUUUUUUUUUAAAGCAUUGCAGACACAAACCUUUGUGCUCAACUGCAUUUAACACUGCCUACAAUUUAAAUAACCUUUUUAAAAUCUGUUUGGAGUUGCCUUAUGUCUUAAUAUUUGUGCUGAGUCGUAGGGAUGGGCAAUAUGCCAAAAAUCAUAGUGAUACUUGAAGAUGCUGAUAUUUAGUUUGCAAGAGGGUUUGCAAACAAAAUGAUGGUGCAAAAAAAAAAGUGCUGAUAUAUUUGAAAUAUUAAACCAAUUGCUUAGUGUGUACACGCAUGUACAACCCAGAUUCCAAAAAAGUUGGGACAAAGUACAAAUUGUAAAUAAAAAUGGAAUGCAAUGAUGUGGAAGUUUCAAAAUUCCAUAUUUUAUUCAGAAUAGAACAUAGAUGACAUAUCAAAUGUUUAAACUGAGAAAAUGUAUCAUUUAAAGAGAAAAAUUAGGUGAUUUUUAAAUUUCAUGACAACACCACAUCUCAAAGUUGGGACAAGGCCAUGUUUCCCACUGUGAGACAUCCCCUUUUCUCUUUACAACAGUCUGUAAACGUCUGGGGACUGAGGAGACAAGUUGCUCAAGUUUAGGGAUAGGAAUGUUAACCCAUUCUUGUCUAAUGUAGGAUUCUAGUUGCUCAACUGUCUUAGGUCUUUUUUGUCGUAUCUUCCGUUUUAUGAUGCGCCAAAUGUUUUCUAUGGGUGAAAGAUCUGGACUGCAGGCUGGCCAGUUCAGUACCCGGACCCUUCUUCUACGCAGCCAUGAUGCUGUAAUUGAUGCAGUAUGUGGUUUGGCAUUGUCAUGUUGGAACAUUGAAGGUCUUCCCUGAAAGAGACGUCGUCUGGAUGGGAGCAUAUGGUGCUCUAGAACCUGGAUAUACCUUUCAGCAUUGAUGGUGUCUUUCCAGAUGUGUAAGCUGCCCAUGCCACACGCACUAAUGCAACCCCAUACCAUCAGAGAUGCAGGCUUCUGAACUGAGCGCUGAUAACAACUCGGGUCAUCCUUCUCCUCUUUAGUCCGAAUGACACGGCGUCCCUGAUUUCCAUAAAGAACUUCACAUUUUGAUUCGUCUGACCACAGAACAGUUUUCCACUUUGCCACAGUCCAUUUUAAAUGAGCCUUGGCCCAGAGAAGACGUCUGCGCUUCUGGAUCAUGUUUAGAUACGGCUUCUUCUUUGAACUAUAGAGUUUUAGCUGGCAAUGGUGGAUGGCACGGUGAAUUGUGUUCACAGAUAAUGUUCUCUGGAAAUAUUCCUGAGCCCAUUUUGUGAUUUCCAAUACAGAAGCAUGCCUGUAUGUGAUGCAGUGCCGUCUAAGGGCCCGAAGAUCACGGGCGCCCAGUAUGGUUUUCCGGCCUUGACCCUUACGCACAGAGAUUCUUCCAGAUUCUCUGAAUGCUUUGAUAUUAUGCACUGUAGAUGAUGUGUUCAAACUCUUUGCAAUUUUACACUGUCAAACUCCUUUCUGAUAUUGCUCCACUAUUUGUCGGUGCAGAAUUAGGGGGAUUGGUGAUCCUCUUCCUAUCUUUACUUCUAAGAGCCGCUGCCACUCCAAGAUGCUCUUUUUAUACCCAGUCAUGUUAAUGACCUAUUGCCAAUUGACCUAAUGAGUUGCAAUUUGGUCCUCCAGCUGUUCCUUUUUCGUACCUUUAACUUUUCCAGCCUCUUAUUGCCCCUGUCCCAACUUUGUUGAGAUGUGUUGCUGUCAUGAAAUUUCAAAUGAGCCAAUAUUUGGCAUGAAAUUUCAAAAUGUCUCACUUUCGACAUUUGAUAUGUUGUCUAUGUUCUAUUGUGAAUACAAUAUCAGUUUUUGAGAUUUGUAAAUUAUUGCAUUCUGUUUUUAUUUACAAUUUGUACUUUGUCCCAACUUUUUUGGAAUCGGGGUUGUACUACACCUAAAGAUCACGAUAUCAGUAUCAUGUUGCCAUAUUGCCCAGCCCUACAGCAUCACUAUUGCAGCCACAGCAGCUCUCAUAACAUGCUGUGUUUUUUUGGGGUGGGAUAAAGGGUGCCAAUAAUUUUGCACCAUCCUAUUAUGAUGUCACUUUGUGACAAUGCUGAAGUUUGUAAAUAAGUUUACAUAUGGGCAGAUUAUCCCAAAUUUACAUUUGUACAUGACAUCCUCUGUAUUAAAAGUAAAUGAGGAAAAGUUGAA